AUGGCAGUCAACCAAAUCCUGGUCUCGGUACUCUCUAUCCUCCAGGAUGAAAAAAUCCCAGAUCUCGAAUUCUGUGUUCCAGAGGCCUCUCUGUUAACAGCCGCGUCUACUCUUUGCUCCACCGGCCAGUAUCGGCCUCGUCCAAAGAUGGAGUACGACAUCUUCACGCAAUACAAAGACGGGUUCCCUGCAUUUCGCGUACAGUCUCACCCCAACCUUGCGAUUGUGCUAUUUCCGGAUAACUUUUUUCAUCUUUCGCCGGUGGGGCAGAUGAUUGUUCUCCGCUCCCAAAAAUCCGACAUCUCGAUUUACAGCCGUCAAAUUUUGGAUCUAGUCCCUGAAAAAUCACUCGAAAUCCUUCCUUUUCCCCAUCUAUCACCCUAUUUCAUCGGUCUAUGUCGGAGGUUUUUUGAAUCUGGCGACGACAUGGCAAGAAUUGCUGCAGAGCAAUUGGUAGGCGGUAUGAAAUUGGAUGAAGCAUGGAUCCAGCUUAACCUGAGUAAGGCCCCGCCUAAAGUGCAGUAUUUAGCGAGUGUGCUAGUAGACGAACGAUUUUCGUCUGUGGACGAGUUAUGGGAUCUACAGAUGUCAUCUUUCGCAGAAAGUGACCGGGAAGAGGAGCUCCAAUGCAUUCCUGGGUCGGGAUUUCAAUAG